UUUGUACGCAUUUUUACAAAACUCUGGGGCGCCGAGGUCCUCAAGCCCGAAUAAUUUUUAUCAGGCGAGGUGUGGACAGCCCCGAAGCGCGGCCUGUCCCCUCAUGCAUAUGCAGCAGAUUGUGAUCUUUACUCCGUGAGCGCGGGGCGGGCCGGGUUGUGUUCCUGUUGGUGAACCCGCUUCGUUCUUGCCCGCGUGGAUGGUCCGUGGACUCGGGGAAAACCUUCUCGUGGCUCAAAGUCCACCCCCUCCCUAGCGUUUCAUCAUGCAGCCAAGGCUCAGGAGCUGAAAGGUCCGGGCUCAGAACUUGGGACUGACUUGGGUCAGGCCCCGGCUCCCCCACUUGCCCGGUACCUUGGGCCAGCGAGCCCCUCGCCCACCCCGACCCGGCUUCUGAUGAAAUGCCCACCUUAGGGCUUUUAUGAGGCUUGAAUGAGUCCGUGUAGUCAUUUAUUAGCUAAUUAAGCAUAUUCCGUGGGCGCGUACUGUACUCAAGCGCAGUGCUAAGGGCAGGUAGAGUGGCUAACCUGGGUCUGUCCCUGACCUCAAGGCGCUGCCAGUCUAAUGGCGGGUAGGCGGGGAGACAGUCAUAUAAUCACUGUAUAUUAGUGACUUUAAUCAAUACGUAAUUACACAUCAUGGGAAGUGCUGUGAGAAGAAGUAGAGAGUGUUAGGAGAAAUUAAUGGAGUCCUAAUGUAGGGAAAGGGUGGAACCUCCUUGGGAAGAUGGCGUUUAGGUUGAGAAACCAAGGACGAUUAGGGCAAGAGUGAGAGGGGAAAUGUUCUAGGCAGAAAGAACAUUUGUCCCAGAUCUGGAGCUGGGAAGGGGCAGAGUUAGGGUGAGGUGAGCACGGAAGAAAACAGGUCAGCUACAUACUGAAUUUGGCUUUUCUCUUGAGAGUCAGGGGAAGCCAUUUUCAUCAGGAAAAGGACAGCAAAUUUGGAUUUCUGAAAGGCCACCCAGGCCGCAUGGCUUGGAAAGCACUCAGGAGUGGGUGUAGGCAGACCAGUUAGGAGAUGGUUGCAGCUUUCCAGACAAAAGCUAAUGCUGACUCAGAUAGGGUGGUGGCUUGGGGAGGUGAAGGGAAGGGUGGAAGAUUGGACGUGGGUGGAUGUGGAGGCAUUGGCAAUAACUCCUCGCUAGGUUUUAGCCUUGAGUAAAUGAAAGAGUAAAAGAGUCCUUGGCCAAGACAAUAAAGCCUGAAAGAGGAACAGACUGAGGGGGAAGAUCAAGUUCGGCUUUGAGAAGUUAAGUUUGAAAUGUCUGGGCAACGUGCAGGCAGAGAGGGUGAGUAGGCAGGUUUAUGUGACACAGGAGCUGCGAACGGAGGCUGGGGCAGGAGAUACAUAUUUGGGGGCCAUCAAUACAAAGGUCAUGGUGCUGGGUGAGAAGGCAAGUGAAAGAAGGUGGAGAGAAAAGAAGAGGAGGAUCCAGGAAAGGAGACUGAGAAGCAGUGGCCAGUGGGGCAGAAAGAGGACCAAGUGAGUGUGGGUCCUAGAGAGGAGGUUUCAGGAAGAAGGGAGUCCUCAGUGGGGCUGAUGCUGUAGAGAACAGAAAUGGAGCCGUUGGGGUUUGGGAAUAAAGAAGGUUGGUGGACUGUAUCUUUUAUGUUGCAAGUUAAACACACAACUACAUCAAUUGGCUUAAAAAAAUAAGUAGCCUGCCACUCAGUGGCUAGGCAGUGUCAUCAAGGACCAAGGUUCAUUUUAUCUUCUGUCCUCGUGCUGGUUUCAUGCUCAUGGCCACAAGAUGGCUCUCCAGUUCCUGGGGUCACAUCCAAAGCAAGGAGAUGUCCAUUUCUCCUCCAGCUGAGACUCGAAACAGGCCUGAAUGUGGCCUCCCACCAUCCUGCUGCUUACAGGCUAAAGGAUCAAUGCAUCCAUGGCAGCCACACCCAGUAUCCAACACUGAAUGACAAGAGGAGUCUUGUAGUGGAAGCUCUUGUUUAGAAAAAGAGAGAGCUGGCUUUGCAGAUGCCGCCGGGAUCCCCAUACUAUCAGCCAUGGUCAGCCCCACCUUGUUCUUCGACAUCACUGUCGAUGACGAGCCCUUAGGUCCCUUCUCCUUCGAGCUAUUUGCAGACAAGAUUCCAAAGGCAGCAGAAAACUUUCGUGCUGUGAGCACUGGAGAAAAAGGAUUUAGUUAUAAGGUUUCCGGCUUUCACAGAAUUAUUCCAGGAUUUAUAUGUCAGGGUGGUGACUUCACACGCCAUAAUGGCACUGGUGGCAAGUCCAUCUGUGGGGAGAAAUCUGAUGAUGAGAACUUCAUCCUAAAGCAUACAAGUCCUGGCAUCUUGUCCGUGGUAAAUGCUGGACCCAACACAAACGGUUCCCAGUUUGUCAUCUGUACUGCCAAGACUGAGUGGUUGGAUGGCAAGCAGGUAGUCUUUGGCAAGGUGAAAGAAGGCAUGAAGAUUGUGGAGGCCAUGGAGCGCUUUGGGUCCAGGAAUGGCAAGACCAGCAAGAAGAUCACCAUUGCUGACUGUAGACAACUCCAAUAAGUUUGACUUGUGUUUUAUCUUCACCACCAGACCAUUCCUUCUGUAGCUCAGGAGAGCACCCUUUCACCCCAUUUGCUCGCAGUAUCCUAGAAUCUUUGUGCUCUCGCUGCAGUUCCCUUUGGGUUUCAUGUUUUCCUUGAUCCCUUCCAUGCCCAGGUGGAUUGCAGAGUUUACGAUUAUGAAAUAAAAACUAACAAAAAAAGAAA